AAGUGUUUGUAAGAAUCAUGUCCUAUCCAUGUAUGACCAGCAGCAAUCAAGACACCUGCUAAAGACUGAGGGCUAUUAAUAGAGACUGAGUAAAUCUUGUGAAUGUGAAGAUGAUGCUGGUGACGAUGAUGGUGUUGCUGUUGGAAAGCUGUUGAAGUGGAGCUGAAGAAAGCUUGAAGAUAACAUUUUGUUUCGCCAGUUGAAAGCUGCUGAUAAAAGCCAAGGACUGUUAUGUUUGUAUAUAGUUUUAUAUAAAUCUUUCUUUACUAAAAGACAGUUUGUUUUGGGGUUUUCUCCUUGGAUGAAGGGUGCAACUUCCGCAGAAGGGGUUGAGAGUUUGGAACCCCAGUUUGAUAGCUGCGACAGAGUGAAACACAGGGCAUUGGUGGAUUGGGGGGUAGGGGAGAAAGGGAGAGACUCGCUGCCCAGAGAACCAGAGAGUAUGCUCCUCCUCUGGCUCCUCACCUGCCCUCAGCUGUAUCUUCUAGUUGGUGCCGCCUCUUCCUGGGCGGGAGGCAUCCUCUGUGCCAGUGCUGAAGGCUGGUGUUGCUCAGGCAUCCAGGGCUACCUGCAGGUGAGAAGCAAGCCAGUUCUGCUUCACGAUGGUGCGGCCAAUGUCUUGGAUCCUUCCAGCUCAAGGCCUUCUCCUCUUGUUCUGCCUUGCGCUGCAGUCGGACUCCUGGAACCCCAAUGCGUCUGCGGGUGAGGAAAGGAACGAGGUGCACGAGGGCAAGGGAAGGCCUCUUCCUUCUGCCCCCAACUCAACGCCUUCUCUUUCAGAGCCCUUCACCAACAUCACCCCACUUCUCUCCAGCAGCUCUGGGUUGUCAGCAGAGCUUGUGAUGCCUCUGACCUGCCAGGCUUUCCAGUGUUUUGGCGAGAGAUGCUACCAGGAGGCGGCAGUGGUGGUCCAUGGAAACAGCUCAUGGGAGUCCUGCCACAAUGCCUCCCACUGCGAGUUGAUCCGUGUGAACAGCACCAGUUACGCAGCCGGGUGCAGCAGCGAGUGUGGGAACGGCAGCGCCGCAGUGAUGUGUGGGGCCAACAGCCGUGUGAGCCUGGAGCCCUGCACUAUGGAGUGUUGUGGUGCCCCAAACUGUCUACGCCUCAAUGCCACGGCAUACGGUGACCCAUCGCCCAUCACCACUACUACAGUUCUCACAACCGCCACCACUACCGCUACCACCACCACCACUACAGCAGCCCCCCAAAAUGGCAAAGUGUGCGGCCACUUCACCUGCCAUGGAGAAGGGUGCUACCUAAGCCAGAGAUCCUCCACGAGCUGCCAUGUCGGCUAUGAUUUCUGUGAGAUGAAGAAAUCCGGGUCCACCUUUGUGGCCGGCUGCAGCAGAGUUUGCCCAGGGACGGGCACAGCCUGUGCGAUGGGAUCCAAGGGCCCUUGCUACCAAGAGUGCUGCUCAGCCAAACCCAGGGCCAGCUGCCUGCGACUGGAUGGCAAGGUCCACCUCAAUGGGGCAGGGGUUUUGGGGGCAGCAGCCCUGCCACCACUCCUGGCCCUCCUCAGCCUGACCUUUGCCUUCCCUCCCUUCCUCCUUGGGAACAACUGAGACAGUACUAGUCAAGCACUGGGAAAAUGUCCACAAAGCAACCACACCCCCACCCCAGUCAAUGAGUAUUGGGCCAGCCUUCAGUUGCUUCCACUUGCUCCAGUAUAACUCAUUGAAAUGUUUGGGGGUAGGUUUGAUUUUAAGUUGCAACUGAAUGUACUGAGCAAUAGAUAUAAUACACAUUAAAAUGCUAAAAUAUUAGUCACUUA